CUGCUAGGUUUUGAACAAAGUCAAAACUCUAUACUUUUACUUCUCCUAUUUGGAGCCUAUUGUAUCAUCAGGGUGAUCUCAGUCAGACAUCAACGUUCAAUAGACAUUAAAAUAGCUGCACAUGCAGACGGCCGGAGAGGAACAAGGAUGAAUCCGGCCGACCAGUUCAAGGAUGUGUUUGCUAACUGGGAGAAAAGGCGGCAAGGAGGAGGGCCCCCUAGCGCCAACAGGUCUUCACGCCCAAACUACAAAUAUAAACCUUCAGAGCCUAUGUCAUGGAGUGGGGGACGACGUAGUCGACAGAAUAACAGAGACCCUUUCAAAGUGAAUGGACUUCAGAAGUUUGUUUAUGACCAUUACAAGACAAUGCCUUCAGUAUCAGCUGACAAUGCCAAUCUGCGACCAAAUAUGGGGAGGUGUUGCCAAUGUAUGCCAAAUAGUAGAGACAGGUUUUAUGAAGAUUCCAUGCCAACGAGUGGUUUGAAAGAUAUCUUACGGGUAGAUGAGGAGGGAAGAAACAAUCCCCUUAUUGUACAGUGGACCUGUCAUAUUGUCCAAGUUAUGAGACGAGAUGUCAGCCAUAAAUAUCCAGAUGUAUCUAUAGCAACUGCAACAUCCCCAAGUGUUGUGGAAGCAAUACGAAGAGUCGUCAUAGAGACUGGAACUGAAGACGAGAAAGAAAGUACAAAACUUCUCGAGGAACAACGUAAAAAAGUCAGGAAAAUAAUACAUAGAAUGAAAGCCACAAUAUCAAAUAGACUAAUCAGGUUCACAGGGUGGUUCCUACAGAAACUGCUGGGACAUCUAUUAUCCACAUUACAGGUACAUAAAGGACAGAUGGAUAUAAUCUCUAAAGCCUCCGAGGAUGGGGUACCAAUGAUCUAUUUACCAAUACACAGAAGUCACCUUGACUACAUCCUACUUACAUUUAUACUGUUCAACUAUGAUAUACAGGCCCCUCAUGUAGCAGCUGGAGACAACCUCCUUAUACCUUUCUUUAGUCUUCUAAUGAAAGGCCUUGGUGGAUACUUUAUCAGAAGGCAGUUAGACUUGGAAAAAGGCAAGAAGGAUAUUCUCUACAGAGCAGUACUGCAUGAGUAUAUGUUGGAGCUGUUAAAAAACAAACAGAGUUUCGAGUUCUUCAUAGAGGGAGGAAGGUCAAGGUCGGGGAAACCCAUGAUUCCUAAAGGUGGACUACUUUCUGUCAUAGUAGAUGGUGUCAGUCAAGGUGCUAUCAAUGAUGCUUACAUUGUACCUGUUAGCAUUACAUAUGAAAAAAUACUUGAUGGCAACUUCAACAAAGAACAAAUGGGGGAGAAAAAAGAAAAGGAGACAUUUUGGCGAGCUGUGAUAGGAAUCUGGCGAGUUUUGAACCAAGAUUUUGGCAAUGUCAGGGUCGAGUUUUGUCAGCCAUUCAGUUUACAGGAGUACUUGAGUAGCAGCCAACUUUAUUGUCAGAAACGUUCUAGAAGUACAACACCUCCUCGCUCCCCGUGUGACCAGAAGCCUAUGGGUAGCGCUAGCUCCUUAUAUGGUGCUGAAGUGUUGGUCGAGACCCAGAGGAACAUCGUCAAAUCCAUUGCUCAGCAUGUUAUUCACACAUGUAUGCAAGCCCAGACUGUAAUGAGCACCAAUGCUGUCAGUUUCUUACUUCUUACUCUACACAGGAAGGGCUGCACUGUGGAUGAGCUAGCAAGUAGUGUUAUGUGGCUUAGGGAAGAGCUAAUGCUGAAAGGUAGAGAUGUGGGCUUCUCAGGUGAACCGGUUGACAUUGUGCUCUAUGCCUGCAUUGUACUUGGCUCCCAUCUUGUUCAGCAGUCAAUACCUGAUAAUGAUUCAGAAGGGGCAAGUUGCAAUCCAGGCUGUAUUCGGUUAAAGCCAACAAUCCAACUCCCCCAUGUAUUUGAACUAGUCUACUAUGGCAAUGUUGCUGGUACUGCUUUUGUAUUGGACAGUGUCAUUGCUACUGCUUGUUAUGCAAUAUGCAACUGGGAGGAGGCGUCAAUGUUGGGAAAUAAUCUCACAAUCUCCAAGCAGAGACUCAUGGAGUGUGCAACACAAUUAUGUGAGAUAUUGCAGUUUGAAUACACAUUUAAUCCACCUUGUAGCAGUCUGGACAAUGCCCUCUCUGAUGCCUUGGAGCAGUUUAUUGUGAAAGAAAUAUUUUAUGUAGAUGAGGAUGAUACGGGUUACUCUACCAAAGACAAGGAAUGGGCACAAAGACUUGCUAAGUCUGUGGACUUUGACAACAGUAGUGACUCUGAUGGCGAUGAUUUGCCCAUACCUGAUAGAUAUUUGAAGGUGAACUUAGAAGUGCUUGAACACAAAGCUAUGCUACAUUUCCUCAAGUCAUAUCUUGCCCCUAUUGUGGAAUCAUACUGGAUUGCUGGGUGCCAACUUGCCAAGCUACAGGAAGAUCAGCCAGAGGAGGAUUUCCUGUUAAACCUUCAGAAGCACACAAGAAGUAGAGUGAAUCAGGGGCUCACUGAUUAUUGUGAGAGCGUUUCUAUGGAUUCCUUGAAGAAUGCAAUGAAGGCCUUUGAAACAAUGAAAGUGACAAUUAUUUACUAUGCCGGCAAUCUGCGAAUGAUUGGACUCAGUGAUGCAUAUAAAAACCAACAGACUCUUUGUAAUUUCAUUGAAAAAUUGGAAAAGUACAAAUCGUACUAGUGAAAUAUCAAAAUCAAUUGAGGGGUCUAUCAUGGAUCAAAUCUGUGAUAUAACAUGUUUGACCCCGUUUAACUACUAGUUUUUAUGUGUUGGUUAAUAUUUAUGAAUUGGUGCUUUCGCGGUAGUGGAAUUUGAAAGAUUCUCAGAGUGUGGGAAUAAGAUGAUGUAAGAUGUGAAUUAGUAUAUAGUUAAUAUAUAUGGCUUGAAGUUACAAAAUGUGGCACAAAGUGUGACAUAUCGUAAGAGAAAAAGGAUGUUUAAAAGUGAAUCUGGAAAUAUGCGGUUUGAAAUAUUUCAGUCUCAAACACAUGUGCAAUAGAACUUUUCUUCAAGAACAAUUGUAGUUGGCAUGUGUAGUUGUUAAAUAUUUUGUCAGUCCAGCACAUGGCUGCAUAUAACCUGUCUUACUAUAAUUAGCUGGCAGACCAUUCGGUCCUAGGGACCAAUGUUUUUCUGAGACUAUAUUUUUGACUUGAAUAUUGAAAGUAAAAAUGUUUUGGUUUUAAGAGGAAGAAAAUAAAUUGGGGGCCAGUCUUGGUAGAUGGUAAAAAGAUGUGUUCCCCUUUAACGAUAUAAAGGUCUGCAACACAAUUGCAUACUAGUAUAAUCUGUAUUCUGAAUAUAUCUCCAUGACAAGAGCUGGAUCAUCACUUGAUAUAAAAUAUAUGUGGUUAUUUACGGGGAAUAGGGAUUUGCACCAUAACUGUUUACUACUGGGUAGGAUUAUAACAGUACAGAAUUUAUAUAAGAAACACAUUUUUCAGAGAUUUAAUUUUGUAGCACUUAAAGCUGGUUGUGCAAUUAAAAUGCAAAUAUAUAUCAAAGACAUAGUUUUAUAAUAUUCUGCACAACUAAUUUAGAAAUAAAGAGAAUUCAAUUGUUACAACAAACACUGUUCAUGUUUUUGUCUACUUCAUCAACAAAACCUGCAUCAUUGCGAGCAUAAAAAAGCAGUCUAAUAUUCCAGGAAUUCAACAUGAGUGUACCCUCGACCCUGGUUAAGGUGCAGUGGUACUAAACAGGAAAUGACAA